CCUGCUCCUCAUGUGACCGGAUGCGGGGCGCUGCGGAAGGAGGUCGGGCUGCUCUCUGAGAAUGCUCUUCUGGGUAGCCUCGUGGUUUUAGCCACCUUCGUGACUUUAUGCAACGCCCAGUGCUAUAUCAUAUCUAAUCAGAACUCUACACCUAAUAAAUGCAAGGAUCUCAAUGGAGUCAUACACCCGCUGAACUCAAAGUGGAAGACUGAGAACUGUGAGGAGUGUACUUGUGACCAAGGUGGAAUUUACUGUUGCAACACUGCUGCUGUACCUGUGGAUUAUGACACAAACAAGUGCCAGAUAAUCUUCAACAAGGAGACCUGCACCUACUCAGUGGUGGAACAGGAGGACCCAGGAAAGACUUGUGCUGUCAGUGGAUGGGUGUUAUAAUAUGCUUCUCAUGGGCCCAGAACUCCCAGCCUGCAGGGGGCGCCCAGGUUCUCCCAGGCCAGGCGUCAUUCUCCUAUGGCCUCUGAUAGUCUAUGAUUGUAUAACCCCACCUAUCAGUCAAAAAUGUUUUGAGCAAACACUUGAAUAUGUGUAUACUUUUAGUUUAUAAAUUAUGUAUACAUUGAUAGUACACACAUUAUAAAGCAUGUAAACAUUUAAAGGAGAUAAAAAUAAAUAUGAAUAAAAGUUAUUUUCCCUCCACUCCCAUAGAUCAUUGUGCAUCCCUUACUCAGGGGAGCACUGUUGCUUCUCUUGCUUCUGAUAGAUGUGUGCUCUGC